UCGCUCCGCGGGGGAGCGGAGAAAGGUUCUGGCCAGUGCCCGGCGUCCCUGGCUGCUCUGCCGCGGCGGUGACGAGGCUGGAGGCCCGGCGGAGCGCCGGCAGGGGCGUUGGGAGGCGGAUUCCGCCUCCCCUGAGCGCUAGGGGGCGGGAGGAGGGGGCCGGGCCAGCGGCGCAGCUAGCCGCCGAGCCAGCGGGCUGAGCGAUGGAGGCCGACGGGCUGCCGUGGGCCGGCGAGUCCGUUUCGGGCCCCGGCCCGGGAGGCGGCGGAAUGAUCCGCGAGCUGUGCCGGGGCUUCGGCCGCUACCGCCGCUACCUGGGACGGCUGCGGCAGAACCUGCGAGAGACCCAGAAGUUCUUCCGCGACAUCAAAUGCUCCCACAGCCACAGUUGUCCCUCCUCCCCCGCGGGCGGCGGCGCGGCCGAGCUUGGCCCUGCCGGCGACGUCGCCGAAGCCCCGCUGCCAGCGGGCCCGCUGAGCUGCAUUUCCUUCCCACCUAAGGAAGAGAAGUAUCUCCAGCAGGUUGUGGACUGCCUUCCCUGUAUAUUGAUCCUCGGCCAGGACUGUAAUGCCAAGUGCCAGCUGUUGAACCUGCUGUUGGGGGUGCAGGUGCUCCCCACCAUCAAGCUGGACAGUGACGAGAGCUGUAAGCUCCGGCGCCUCCGCUUCACCUACGGGACCCAGACCCGGGUCAGCCUGGCGCUCCCUGGUCAGUAUGAGCUAGUGCACACGCUGGCUGCCCACCAGAACAACUGGGAGACCAUCCCUGAGGAGGACUUGGAGGUUCAGGAAGACAGCGAGGAUGCUGCUCAUGUUUUAGCAGAACUGGAGGUGACCAUGAACCACGCUCUCCUACAGGAAGUGGACAUUGUGGUGGCGCCAUGCCACAGCCACCGGCCUGCCGUCGAUGUUCUGGGUGACUUGGCCAAUGAUUUCUUGCCUGUGAUAACCUAUGCACUUCACAAAGAUGAACUCUCUGAGAGGGAUGAGCAAGAGCUUCAGGAAAUCAGAAAGUAUUUCUCCUUUCCCGUGUUCUUUUUCAAAGCACCCAAGCUAGAGAUAAUGGACCCGUCCAGUGGGAGAGCAGAGUGUGACAGAUCACCACUGUAUCGACAGCUAGUGGAGCUGGGCUAUCUGAGUGGCAGCCACAGGAACUGUGGAGGCUCCGACCAGGACAGCAAAGCUCAGAGCAUGUUGGUGGAGCAAAGUGAGAAGCUGAGACAACUGAGUACAUUUUCUCACCAGCUGCUACAGACCCGCCUAGUGGACGCAGCCAAGGCUCUGAACGUGGUGCAUUGCCACUGCCUUGACAUCUUUAUUAACCAGGCUUUUGACAUGCAGCGGGACCUGCAGAUCACUCCCAAACGUCUAGAAUAUACUAGAAAAAAGGAGAAUGAAUUGUAUGAAUCAUUGAUGAAUAUUGCCAACCGAAAGCAGGAGGAAAUGAAGGACAUGAUUGUUGAGACACUGAACACCAUGAAAGAGGAACUCCUGGAUGACGCUGCCAACAUGGAGUUUAAGGAUGUCAUUGUCCCUGAGAAUGGAGAAACAGUAGGCACCAGAGAGAUCAAAUGCUGCAUCCGACAGAUCCAAGAGCUCAUCAUCUCCAGGCUUAACCAGGCGGUGGCCAACAAACUGAUCAGCUCAGUGGAUUACCUACGGGAAAGCUUUGUUGGGACUCUGGAACGGUGUCUGCAGAGCCUUGAAAAAUCACAGGAUGUCUCAGUUCAUAUUACCAGCAAUUAUCUCAAACAGAUUUUAAAUGCCGCUUAUCAUGUUGAAGUCACAUUCCACUCUGGGUCCUCAGUUACAAGGAUGCUUUGGGAACAAAUUAAGCAGAUCAUCCAGCGCAUCACAUGGGUGAGCCCACCCACCAUCACUCUAGAGUGGAAGAGGAAGGUGGCCCAGGAAGCCAUCGAGAGCCUCAGCGCCUCCAAGUUGGCCAAGAGCAUUUGCAGCCAAUUCCGCACUCGGCUCAAUAGUUCUCAUGAGGCUUUUGCGGCGUCCUUGAGGCAGCUAGAAGCUGGCCACUCUGGCCGUCUGGAGAAAACUGAAGACCUGUGGCUAAAGGUUCGAAAAGACCAUGCCCCCCGUCUGGCCCGCCUUUCACUGGAAAGCCGGUCUUUACAGGAUGUCUUGCUUCACCGUAAACCUAAAUUAGGCCAGGAACUAGGCCGGGGCCAAUAUGGUGUGGUGUACCUGUGUGACAACUGGGGGGGACACUUCCCUUGUGCCCUCAAGUCGGUUGUCCCUCCAGAUGAGAAGCACUGGAAUGACCUGGCGCUGGAGUUUCACUACAUGAGGUCUUUGCCAAAGCACGAGCGACUGGUGGAUCUGCACGGUUCGGUCAUUGACUACAGCUACGGCGGCGGCUCCAGCAUCGCGGUACUGCUCAUUAUGGAGCGCCUGCACCGGGACCUCUACACGGGGCUGAAGGCUGGGCUGACCCUGGAGACGCGUCUGCAGAUAGCUCUGGAUGUGGUGGAGGGAAUCCGCUUUCUGCAUAGCCAGGGGCUUGUCCAUCGGGAUAUCAAACUGAAAAACGUGCUGCUGGACAAACAAAACCGUGCCAAGAUCACUGACUUAGGAUUCUGCAAGCCAGAAGCUAUGAUGUCAGGCAGCAUUGUUGGGACACCCAUCCAUAUGGCCCCUGAACUUUUCACAGGAAAGUAUGACAAUUCCGUGGAUGUCUAUGCUUUUGGGAUCCUCUUCUGGUAUAUCUGCUCAGGCUCUAUCAAGCUCCCCGAGGCAUUCGAGAGGUGUGCUAGCAAAGAUCAUCUCUGGAACAAUGUGCGCAGAGGGACCCGUCCAGAGCGUCUUCCUGUGUUUGAUGAGGAGUGCUGGCAGCUGAUGGAAGCAUGCUGGGAUGGUGACCCCUCCAAGAGGCCUCUCUUGGGCAUCGUCCAGCCUAUGCUCCGAGGCAUUAUGGACCGGCUUUGCAAGUGCAACUCUGAGCGACCAAACAGAGGACUAGAUGAUUCUACUUGAAGACAAAGCCUUGCUCUUCCACUCUUCCUUCCUUCCCUCUCACCUUUUGGCCAUGGGGAGAAGUUGUCAUUUGUUCGUUAAGGGAGCUCCUGAGGGAAUUGGUGCUUGUUGGCAACUCAAGACCUUCCUGGGCAGAGAUGGCUCCUGGACAUCGAAGAAUUCAGUGGCUGUUUAGUAUUGAUGCUGCCUCACACUAUCUCUUUAGCAAAAGAUUGUCUCAGAUGUGUAAAGGCUGAGGAAUGUGAUGUUCUGGCCUCAGAACUGAAAAGGAGGCAACUGUUACCACUGUCUAGUCACUGUAUAUGUUUCUAAAACACUGGGGCCCUGCAGCGCAGGGUAUCCAAACUAUCAUUUCACGACUUCAGCUCUAGCUGGAACAGUUCAGUUCUGUCCAGUGGUAGAGACCACUUAGAAACAUGACCUUAGUUCAGCAGUGUACGAUUGUAAGGGCAAAAACAAAACAAAACAAAACAAAAAACCAACUCAGCCAGAUAUGUGUUGUGGUUGCCAGGACCUCAGGUUGUAAGUCAGAAGCCCCAGGAGGCAGUUGGGUGUGAAGCUGUCUACCCUCACAACCCAGUGUUUACAUUUCCAGGGUAAGGGAGCCCUGGCUUCUGCAGGGCAGGGCUAACCCAGAAGAGAGUCUGUUUGAUUCGUGGGCUUCCCCCACCCUCUGCCUUCUUUCCCUAAAAAGGAGGGAGUACUCCAGACAGCAUGGGAACACUCUAGACAGCAUGGGAAUACUGCAGAUAUCAUGGUACUUGGACUUAGGCAUCUGAUCAGAAAUAGACUAUAAUUUUGUUGUGUUUAAUGGGAUGUAGCCCAGGCUGGCCUUAAAAUCUCAUCCUUCUGCCUCAACCUCCAAAGUGCUGAGAUUACAGGCAUCUGCUACCAUGCCUGGCUUUUAGCUAUAUAACACUCUUGUAUUUCCUUCUUCAGUGCUGGGGGCAGCCCCCCGCCCCAGCCUCAGAUGUGCUGUUAAGUGCUCUCCAAUGAGCUACACUCCAGCUUUCUAGAGCUUUCAAAGCCGACUUUUAACACUAGGCACUGAGCUUUGAUAAUGAUGCGGUUGAGCAUGAUGGUCUCCUACAUCCUCACAGCUCCUCAGAAAUGCCAUGCCAUGCUUUCUACAUGCAGUUGUAAUGGACAAGUGAUGGGCCCAGUGUCUUUGGGUUCCUUGGCUCUGGCCUCAUUUUUUGUAGAAUGCUUAGUUUAGCUCUUAGAAUUUUAACAUCUACUCAACUAUACCUAGUUACUCUGCUCUGAGCAUUAAUUUGUUGUCCCUGGACACAGUAGGAUGUACAGGAAGUCAGGCGUCAAGAAAGAAGAAAUGAGUCACCUCUGUUCGUUGGGCCUGUUGUGUGUGACACUUAAAGAGGCUCUGUGUAGCAGGAGACUGCUGGCCCUUGUUCUUGAACUCCAGCUGUAACACAAAGGCUACAGUUCCAGUAUGGAAGCCAUAUUCCUGCAUUCUUUGCACAUCUUAGCUCAGGCUCAGACUCAUAAGUGAGAGGUUAGAUUUUCUUCCCCCCAUCCAGGGUCCAUUUUCAGUCUCUUGUCAGAUUACAGGUUCUUUUUUUUCCAAUCUUUAAUUUUUAAAAAGAAGAUUCCCUACAUUUUUCUAUACAGUGAGAAGGAGAGGCUAAUGCUAAGUAAGGAGAUAAAGAGCAGUUUUAUAGUUCAUUCAUAAAAAAGUAUACGGAAAAGUCCAAGAUAUUCCUGAAAGUGUCCAGACAAGCCAAAGGCCACAUGGGGGUAUUUGGUGGUGGUAUUUCAAUGCUCAGCAGGCUGAGCAUGUGUA